UCCAACGCUUGCUCUCCCUCGCCCUGUCUAACUCUCUCCAUCUCUCCUCCACUCUCUCCUUUACGCACAGUAUUGUCAACAAAGCAGAGGAAGAAGGGACGUGGGGGGAACUGGGGAGUAAAGGUCCACGACGAAGAGAACCUCAAGCGCUCCUGCAUGGUCCCAUCUAGACUUUAGGAGGCAAGAACGGACAACCAUAUUCUGGAGAGCGAAGUCAAAAGUGGUGCUAAAGAGGAACUCACACCCAGCGAGCCAGAGGCCUUGACUUUUCUUCAUGUUGGUUGGGAUACUUGUAGUAUGUAUGAGAAGUUAACCAUGCUGAACCUGCAGAGUGGUUCAAACUGGAGCGGGCCCAACAACUGGUACCAUGACCCCACUGGUGUGCAAACGCAGCACAGCACAGUGUCUGAGGGCUGCAUGCUGGACACAGAGGGCAGCAUGGGGGGAGAUUCGGGCGGCGGGGCAGCAGGAAGAGGGGGAGGAAUCCCUGUGGACAGAGACGAUGGCGAGGAGUCUCAGCUGAGGCUGCAGCUCAAGAGGAAGCUGCAGAGGAACAGGACGAGCUUCACUCAGGAGCAGAUCGAGGCUCUGGAGAAAGAGUUUGAAAGGACACACUAUCCAGACGUGUUCGCUCGCGAGAGACUCGCCAACAAGAUUGAUUUGCCUGAGGCCAGGAUACAGGUGUGGUUCUCAAACCGAAGAGCCAAAUGGAGGCGCGAGGAGAAGCUGCGUAACCAGCGGCGCUCAGGUGGUGUAACUUCCUGUUCUCAGAGCCAAGCCCCUCUGACCACUUCCUUCAACACAUCCGUCUACCAUCAACAGCAUGGCAGCAGUUCAGGGUCCAUGUUGAGUCAGGCUGAGUCGUCCCUGCCAAGCUACAGCUCCCUGUCAGUCUUCUCAUCUGGAGUCCAGUCCAUUCCUCCACAGUCGGCUUCCUCCUACUCGUGCAUGUUGCCUCCGUCUCCCUCCGCUCCUCGAAGCUUCGACUCUGCCUACUCCUCCCCUCACCUGCAGACUCCGUCCUCAGCCAACUCUAACACUGGACUCAUAUCUCCGGGAGUAUCGGUGCCGGUCCAGGUUCCAGGAACAGAACAGCAGAGCAUGAGUCAGAACUUGGGUCAGUACUGGGCCAGACUACAGUGAGCACUCACUACCAACUAGCGUCGGAUAAGAUAUGGAGUGAAAACAAAUCAGGAGUGGGGAAAAGAAACCAGGGGUUUUGAGACGAAGCACAGAGCGAAGCCACAGAGAGGCCAGGUCCACUCCGACUAUCUCUCUCUCAAUGUUUACAAAUUUAGCAGCUUUGGUUACACUUGACAGUACUCUGCUCGGACUGGUAUUUGCUUAGUAUGUGACUAUUGCACUUUUCUUUUCAAUUCAGGGUAACAAAUAGUAUCUGUGUUUUAGGAUUAGAGCCCAGUAGAGUGAAGCCGUUGAGUUUGCUAUUAAAGUUAAAUGACCCACUAGUUUUGUAAUAUUAACAUGUAUUGAAAUGUAAAUAUUUUGAGCAGGGUUCUGGGCUCAAUCGCCAAAUCUCAGCUGAAAUGACUAUGCUGCUUUUUAAAGUAUCAUUUUACUGAACAGAACACAUUUAGAUUGAGUGUAUUUGCAGUUUCACUGAGGAGCAAAUCUAUUAUCUGCACUAGAAUAACUCACAUCUCCUGGCAAAUCUCUCAAACUUUAUUGUUUUAAACACACACAUGAAUCCUCAUUCUAAAUAUGAAGAUUAGCUUUUAUAGCCUAUAUGCAAGGAUCCCUUUGUUGGUGGAAUUAUAGAAAUGAAUUUGGUGCAGUCCUGAAGAAUCACGUUUUAGAAAAACAACAAUAACAACAAAGUGUUUUUAGUUACAAAAAGUAACUCACUGAAGAUAAAAAAAUACAGCCAUUCAUAAGAAAACAGGCUCACAACCAUACAGAAACACACAUAUACACAGAACAAGCAAGAUCCUGUGAUGCGUGGGAAUUACAUUGAAGUUGAAAAUCAUAGAAAUUCUAACCCUAAAUUUAAAACCUUCAUACUUCUUCUUUCAAUAUUUCCCGUGAGGAUGUUGCCACAUCCACCCCCCACUUCCUAUAAUUCUCCCCAAGUAGCAAAAUAAAUCCCACCAAACUGCAUCAAACUGAUCACUAUAAAAGUUAUGAAAAGACACACUUUUCUGCUGGGUGGAAAAAAACAACAACAGUGUCUCAGUGUCUAUUUUUAUUUACGUCAAAUGACAGGCGUCACCACGGGUCUAUUUGCAGAAAUGAAAGCCAUGAUUAAUGUACCGCAGAAGACAAGUGCUUCCCCGCAGUUUCUUUUUACUCAGAAACAUUGCAAGGUAUCAUAUGUGUGAGUUCCGGUUGGUUCCAUAACCGGGGGUGAAGCUCUAUCACGCAAGGGGCCAAAAUGUUUAAGACAAUCCAAGUUGCUGGCUGAACAAACUGUGAUAUUCAACAGACAGCAGGUAGAACUAGAAAAGAGUCUCGACACACUAUCCAUAAAGCACAAACACACCUAUGUGUUCCCAUUUUUCAGGGCAUUUAGAAUCUCCACUCACGAGAAAAGAGUGGGUCCAUCUAUUCUUUUUUGGGGGGUCAUGAUAUUGACGUGAAUUGGAUCUGGUGGCCUUUAUUGACCCCUUGUGGGCCAAAUAAAAUGACUCAGUAGGGCCUGAGUUUGGCACCUGCGCUCCACCAUGAUAACCCUGACAUACAGACCACGCAAAAGGUGGUCUAGUGGUACUAAGGAAAUGCCAGCAGCCAUCUGUAUUGUGAAGUGGAACCAUGUUGACAUCGCUCUUGAGCAGCUCUGUGUGAUAACAAAUGUGUUCCUGUCAAGCUGCAAACUACUGUGAAGAUUUCAGACAAUCACUUGUACUAAAACGUGCAAAUCCUUCCUAUCCCGCCAGCAGCCGCACACUGAGACUCAUACUGCGUAUUUUUGUACAGCCAUCCGUGUAUGAUGGAGAUUACCGUGGAUUAUUGUCAGAUGUGAACGGAGGAGGGAAUGUAGUGACUAAACAGGAAUCACUGUAACGCCAAUAGGAUUCUAUUCAGGUUUUCUAUUUUGUUCCAAGUGACGAUAUGGAACUGUAAUCUAGCUACUGACAAUCACUGAAUACAUUCAUAUGCCAAAAAAAGGGUCGACCUGCAAGCACAGACAAUCGUUUUUGGUGGAAACUGUGAAAUCAUAUCAACACUGUCCAAGUCAGCAGCAUCCUCCUGAGCAUGAGCCAGCUUCGACAGUCCGCCACUCGGAUGGACGAGUCCAGCGGUGCGCCAAACAGCUCCACUCACUUUGCUCUGACUAUUGUUUUUGUUGAUGCAUCUGAGUUUAAUCUGAUACGAUGUCCUCUUAUUUAUUUGUCCCCUCACCUGUCCAUUCCACUUUCUGUGUCGUUUUUGUUGUUGAGUGUCGUAUUAGUACUGUAUAGCGACCAAGAGUCAACCCUUUUGUGACGGCCUUGGAUCCCUUUAAAUGAAAAUUAAAGUGUGUGCCAUG